AUGGUUGAUGAGGUGAUAGUGAAGUUAUUGAAUAUUGGAUCAACGAAAAGCUCAUUCGACACUUUGUUCACUUCUAAGACAUGUAUGGCUUUGUUGGAAAAGGCGAAAGAUAUCUUCAUGAGACAAGGAGCCAUGUUGGAAGUGGAGGCUCCCGUCAAAAUUUGUGGAGAUGUGCACGGACAGUAUGGAGAUGUACUCCGACUAUUCGAUAACGGCUGCUUCCCACCACUCGCCAACUAUCUUUUUCUCGGAGAUUACGUGGAUCGUGGACCUCAGAGUCUUGAAGUCGUCACACUAUUUCUGGCGUACAAAGUCAAGUUUCCAGUCAACUUCUUCAUGUUGAGAGGAAAUCACGAGUGUGGAUCUAUCAAUAGAGUUUAUGGGUUCUUGGAUGAGAUUAGUAGGAAGUACGGGUCAAAGACGGGCAUGGCUUUGUGGAAUUGUUAUCAGAACUGUUUCGCAUGCAUGCCUUACACGGCUCUCGUCUCCGGACGGAUUCUCUGUAUGCACGGUGGAAUCAGCAAGAAAAUGACGUCAUUGGAUCAACUGCGACGUCUCGCCCGACCAGUCCUAGAGGUUCCCAAUCCAUCGCUCGAAACGGACAUUUUAUGGUCGGAUCCCGAACAGAAUAUCUCUGGAUUCCUGAACAAUACCCGAGGUGUUGGCCAUGUGUUCGGAGAGAGUGCAUUGAUUGAAGUCAUGGAUCGACUGGGUGUUCAAUUGAUUGUAAGAGCACAUCAAGUCGUUCAGGAUGGCUAUGAAUUCUUUUGUAACAAGAGAUUGGUCACUGUCUUCUCGGCUCCACACUAUUGUGGAGAGUUCAACAAUGCGGCGGCCAUGAUGAAUGUGGAUAAGAAUUUGGUUUGCUCGUUUACGAUUCUCCGUCCGUCUCGUGAAUGA